AUGCUUCUAGUGUUCACAUACUUCGCCGUGUUCAUCGCAAAGACUGUCCAAGGAGUGGACAUCGCUUGUGCGAACAUGCGGAAUGCGUUCAUCAGCUACGAAUUUGACCCGAGAGAUGUACCCAAGGAACCAGUGCGAGGCAAGUGAAACGAGUUGAGGGUUUGCAAGGCCAACUUGUCGUGUUGCACGGAUAAAAUGGAGGCGCAAUUGGCGGAGAAAACGUCGCGAGACUUUGACGAGAUGCUGCGACGAGAAAUCGAGGGAGUGCAAAACAUUUUUCGCACUCAAAGCAACAAGUUCGACGAGUACUUCCGGGAGCUGCUGCGGAAAUCCCGACGGGACUUUCACAAGCUAUUCAAAGACACGUACGGCGUGAUGUACGAGCAAAACAGCCACGUGUUUGUGGAGCUGUUCCGCGACCUGGAGGACUACUACGAAAAGGGCCGAAUCGACCUCAACGACGCCCUCAAGAAGUUCUUCUCUGUUCUCUACCAGAAGAUGUUCACAGUGCUCAACGCCCAGUUUCACUUCGACGAGGCGUACCUUCGUUGUGUGACUCGUCACAUGGAGGAUUUGAAGCCGUUUGGAGACGUGCCGCAGAAGCUGAGUUUCCAGGUCAAGAGGUCGUUCGUCGCUUCGCGGACUUACGUGCAGGGACUUCGAGUCGCCCGGGAUAUUUUGAGUGAAAUUCUCAAGGUGCGGAUGAGUUCGUCGUGCAAGGACGCAGUGAUGAGAAUGACCAGUUGUCCUGCCUGCAACGGGUUGCGGUCUGGCUCCACCCGGCCCUGUAUGGACUACUGUCUCAAUGUUCUCAAGGGAUGUCUGGCGUUCCACGCUGAGCUGCACACGGACUGGGACGAGUUCAUAGGCGAGUACGCGUUGUUGAAAGUCGGCGCCCGCCUGGACGGCUCGUUCAACAUCGAGGAAGUCGUGGACCCGAUUGCGAUUCAAAUCAGCGACGCCAUCAUGAACUUCCAGGAGAACGGCAACUCGGUCUCGCAAAAGGUGUUCAAGGGCUGCGGCCAGCCCCGGUUGGAGAAGCGCAGUGUGCCCCCGGGCGAGCCCCUGAUGUUGAGUGGCGGCAGUCGGUCGCGAGUGAGGGACGACGCCUUGUCGCAUGACCACGGCGGCGAGCCGCCGAUAGUCGGCGGGGUUUCGAUCCGGAAGUUUGUGAAGGAAGUGCGAGAGAAGGUGGAGAUGCUCAAGGGCUUCUGGUUGGAGCGGCCGAUGACGAUUUGCAGUGGUGGUGGCGGCGGUGGUGUCGUUGGCAGCGGAGGAGGAGGAGGAGGUGCUGGGCCAGGUGGAAAGCAGUCUUUCAUUGUCGCCGCUGUCCCGAGCACGAGUAGUAGCAGCAACGCGAAGGGAGGAGACACGCAGCAGUGUUGGACCGGCACGGACAACAAGGCUAUUUACGCGGCGCCUGUUGUGGGCGACGGACUGAAGAACCAGGCGUCGAACCCGGAGGUGUCCGUGGACCAGUUCGCCGCCGACACGACGAUCAACGACCAGAUCCUCGACCUCAAGCUCAUUAUCUCCAAGCUGAUGAAGGCCCACGACGGCGUCAAUGUUGAUUGGAUCGACUACGAGGACUGGAAAUCACCGUCACGAUGGAAUGAACAGAGUGGAGGCAAGAAUGCCGAGGACAAAUCCGGUCGUGGGCGGAACCGUCAGCAGUCGAGGACGAAAAGUGGCAGCUCUGGCGACGGGAACGACGCAAACGACGGCAGUAAAAAGAAGGAACGUUACCCCUACGCGUAUCCCUGGGCAUCGGGGAUGGCGAAGGAAGAGGACGGCGAGGAAGGGUCCGGCGCCGUGCCACCGUCGUCGUCGACGACGACGACGCACCGCCGCCCGGGCAAGGAGGACGUGGAGUUGGAGGGUAGUGGAGCGGACCGAGGCGUUCCUGAGACGAGGUUGUCUUCUGCGACUGAUUUAUUGAGUCACGCGGAUGACGAAGAUUUCCCGUAUGUGCCGGCCGGCACAAUAAGCGGUCGGCGGAAUUUCGAAGACGAAGGCUCUGGUUUCAGUGGAGUCGUUCUUCCCCCGUCGCCCGGCUCUCGGCCGCCUGCUCCUCCGAUUUCCGGUGAAGCCGUGGACGACUUGCUUCCUCGUCGGUACAAGAACAAUCAGAAUGGUGUACUGAUGAAGGACGUCGGAGGUGCUCCGAAGCCAUCAACGACGACGACGACGUUCAGGAGCGUGACGCCGACGACGUUCGUCGACAGGUCGCCGGUGAUGACGACGACGCCGCCGCCGCCCAGGUCCAAGAUUACCAAGUCGUCGUCGCCGAGCGCCACGAAACGGAGCUCGCAACAGUCGCUUUUGUGGACAGUGUUCACGCCCAUGUUCGUCACUUGGGUCGGUGGUAUCUUCGUGUGAUCUUCUCGACGACGUCUUCGCUGCUGUUUCAUGAGUGCCACGAGGGGGAAUGUGGGAAGAACGACACGACAUCUCCUCUCUGGGCAGGGAAAACCCGCCGAGUUGGGGGGGUUUUCUUUCUUUCUUUUUUUUUUGCAGGGUUCCACGAAGAAAUGGUGCCUCUUAAGUAAUUUGUCUCGUUGGAAUUGUUGUUCGUUGUUCUGAGACGUUUUGAGUCGAUUUUGGGACUUUGUCUCGGGGUUGGUUCGAGGCACCAUUUUGAUAAAUGAGGUUUCUUUUUUUCUGGACCGAUGAUGCGUUUGCAUCAUAACCCUAGUCAACGACAUCUUAUAUGAAAAAGCUUCGCACAUUGAUGUUUGUUUUGAUGGAAAAAAAAAACAAAACAAAACCUGCCGCGUUUUGUGGAGAUCUUGGGGCAUGUUUAACAGGAAUUAAGUUCACGGCAAUUUCUAAAUCCCCGGAAGUGCGACGUACGAGAAUUUUUUUCAAAAGGUUUACUAGUCAUUUUCCAGUCAUUGGAGGCAUUCCACCGUCGAGGCAAAAUCUGCGUGGCUAUGGUUUUCAUAUUUUGCAUUGCCUUGUUCUAGCAUUUUACUGUACUGUACUUGUGUGUCUUGGAGACGAAGAUUGACGACGAGGCAGCUGGAAAGCACAAAUGAUUGAAGUUUCAUCGCUGCGCAAUUCUUGCUGUUUGUUGCAAUCUUUUUCAGUGUUUUUCAACGAAAUAACUAAUCGGUGAUGAAGUCUUCAAUUUUUUUUGAAAGCAGCGUCCUCAAAUUUUGAAUUUGGCACAAUGUAAACGACGCAGCAAAUGACGAUGGAAAUUUUCAGAAAUUUUUGGCAGCGAUUUAAAAAUCUUGGGAGAAGGACGGAGAAAUUUCUGUGUGGAAAUGAGCAUUUUUAAAAAGGAAACUUGAAAAGAAAAUUGGUGUUGAAUGUCGUUUGCCACCGUAUUUUUCAUCACAGAAAUGAUGCGUGAGGCAAAUGAAAGCUCGGUCGGCCGACUCCGAUGACAGUAUUAUGACCCUCGGGAACUUUUUGAAAACUUCCUCUCGUAUUUCAGUUCAUCUCUCCCACACAAAAAAUAAAUGUCUGUACUUCGAAUUCAAUGUUUAAAGAGAGAGAAAGAAAGAAAAAAAUCAAAGAAAACUGCAUUUCGAAUCGAGCCGCAAGUUGUGUGAAAGCCCAUGAACUUUCUCCUUCCAAGAUGGAUCCCCUUUUCGCGACAGAUGGAAUGUGAUAUAACCGGGGGGAGCAGCAGAAAGCAAGACAGCUUUUUGGCUAGUGGAUGUUGGGAUUUUUGGGAAUAAUGCUACUAGUAGACGAAGGCAACAGGUCGUGUGAUAAACGCUCUUUGUUGUGAGCUGAGGAGACGAAGCUGCUUGUGUGUGGAAUGAUUCCGGCAUCCGUCUUCCCCAGGUGGAAGAUGUGCAAAAUGAGGGAAAAAGAAGGUUGAUACCCAGCGUGUCGAGAGAGAGAGGAACAAAGGCUCGUGAUUUUUAUUUCUCUUUUUCUUUUUGGUUAUGACAAUUUUUGCUAUGUGUGAAAGUGUAUGUAUAUAUGUAUACAAUAUAUAUAUAUAUAUAUAUUAGCAUUUACAACGUGUUCAUGGACAGCAAUUUCCAACGUAGAGCACGUGGUUAUAAAACUUUUGAGCUUGAAUUUGCAGUUGAACCUUGAUAACUCAAACUUCCCAAUCAUGUCUCUGUCUGAAUUCCCUUUGACACGAUGCAUUAAAAGCCUCCCUAACUCAAAGUCUUUCCCCCCCAAAAAAAAACCUGCAUAAGUUGAAUUUUCUGGAGGUGUAAUGGUUGUUAUUUUGUUGACACAGGAAUGAGAAAGCAAUAAAAAGGCAGCUGGAUGUGUUUUGAAAGUGAGCUAAUGACAAAUUGGCUAAAUGAACCCUUGCCUUCAAGUUCAGGAUUUCUGUCGGCUCAUUCAAUAAGAAGCAAUUUCAGGCGCAGAAUAUCUCCCAAUUACAAUUUUUCGCAAUUUUAACUUUCCUUCUCUUGACAGAAAUGCUUGUUUUCCUGACUCAAAACCUCCCUAACUUGAAUUUUUGUUGCUGGUCCUUUGAAGUUUGACUUGAAGAGGUUCGAUUGUAUUCAUCUUUAUGAAUUCUCCCUUCAGAUUUUGUGCGAGAAGAACGUGGUUUUCCUUUUUUUUUUGUGGACUGAAUGCGAACGAGUGUUUUUCCUUUUAAUGUAUUUUUUUUUAGAAAUUACUGAUCAAUUUUCGAAGUUUGGUUCUGAAAAUUGAAGCUCCUGCGUCUGAAACGGAAAAGAUUUCUCGAAUUUUAUCAGUAUUGCACUUCCUGAUAAAUUCGAGGAAAAUGCUGAGAAAAACUUGGUUCCGUUUUUUUUUUUUUUUUUUUUGUCGGAAAGAUUUUGAUGCUUAUUUAUUUUGUGAUAUUCCUGAUUUGGCGGGGAUGAAUGAAUGAAAGGGGUUGAACGUGUUUCUUUGUUGUUGUUUUUUUUUAAGGUGUAAGAUCGGUGUUCUUGAGAUACAAUGCAGUACAGUGUGGCCUCUGCGUGCGGGCAUGAACUGUUUUUCGUGAGUGUCCUCAUUUCGAAGCGCAAUUUUAAAAUACCUAUUUCUAUGUGGAGACAAAUUAAGAAUACGUGUGCGUUAUCCAAGAGAACCAAUUUCAACUGGCAUGAUGUGUUACAUCUGCUCCGAAAAGUCCAAGAUUAUGACAGAUUCUGUAAAGAUCAGUUUUCGGCGAACGAAAAUUCGCGUUGAAAGGGAAUAUCGGUUUCGGAACUCACUUCGUUCAACGCGUCCAGGAAUGCGUUUCUCAUUUCAAAUAAUGUUCGCAUUUUGGGGGCCGCAGUGUAUUUACAUAUGUUUUUUUUUUAAUUGGCGUAUAGCAGACGUAGAUGAGGAGCUUAUUGAAGAUAGUUAUAGGCUACCAUGUCCCGAUUCAUGACUGUGUCAAAGAUAGUUUGAUUGAUUGAAUGAACGACUGACUUCCGGAUGAUUACACUUGAUUGUUGGCUAAUUAUGCGACGUGUAUCCGUUGCAUUGAUGUUCCCGUGUCGGUUGUGUGGGCUGUUCCUUCUUACUACGGUGCGUUUGACGCGGCUUUGAUACUACAGAUAAUUCGUCAAUUUUUGUGUAACACUGUUUCUUGAAAUGUAUGGGAUUCCAGUAACAAA